UUUUCCUGUGAAUCAUAGUAGAUAAGUACCUAGAUAUUUCUUCAGCAAAAAACACAGCUUUCUCAACUCAGUCAUGGCUUCUAAUCUCUCUGCAGCUCCAGAUUUUCAUCUUACAAUACCACAAUCUGAUAAAAGAAGACCUAUCUUCUUCACUGCGCCAAUCAGGCAAAAUCUUACCAAAAAGAGACUCACCAUUUCCUGCAAUUCAUCUCGAUCUUCUCCAAAGUCAUCUCGAAAUCUCAAGGAAUCACUCAACCCCAAAAACCCAUCUUUAUCUGACCAACUCAAGCCUCUCUCUGCUACCACCCUCUCCACUACCGAAGACAACAGAACCCAUCUCUUAUCUAAGCCAAAGUCCACAUGGGUCAACCCCACAAAACCUAGAAAGUCUGUGCUUUCACUUCAAAGGCAAAAGCGUUCUCCUUACUCGCUCAAUCCCAUUGUCAAAGAGUUGAGACUCUUUGCACAGAAGCUGAACGAUUGUGAUUCUUCAAAUGAAACUACUUUCUUAUCUCUUCUUGAACAAAUCCCUUAUCCGCUCACCAGAGAGAAUGCGCUCUUGAUACUUAAUAGCUUGAAACCAUGGCAAAAGGCUCAUCUUUUUUUCAAUUGGAUCAAAACCCAGAAUUCGUUUCCUAUGGAGACUAUAUUCUACAAUGUGGUAAUGAAGUCUUUAAGGUUUGGGAGGCAGUUUGAGCUCAUUGACAACCUCGCAAAUGAGAUGGUAAGCAAUGAAAUUGAACUUGAUAACAUUACAUAUUCAACUAUUAUAACUUGUGCUAAAAGGUGCAAUAUGUUUGAUAAGGCAUUGGAGUGGUUUGAGAGAAUGUAUAAAACUGGUUUAAUGCCUGACGAGGUUACCUAUUCUGCUGUUUUAGAUGUUUAUGCUAAAUUGGGGAAGGUUGAGGAAGUGUUAAGUCUGUAUGAGAGAGGGGUAGCCAGUGGGUGGAAGCCUGAUCCUAUUACAUUCUCUGUUUUGGCAAAGAUGUUUGGUGAAGCAGGGGACUAUGAUGGCAUUAGGUUCGUAUUGCAAGAAAUGAAAUCUUUAGGUGUUCAGCCUAAUUUGGUUGUGUACAAUACAUUGCUAGAGGCAAUGGGCAGAGCUGGGAAACCUGGUCUGGCUAGGAGUUUGUUUGAGGAAAUGGUGGAAUCGGGGGUAACCCCAAAUGAGAAAUCAUUAACUGUACUGGCCAAGAUUUAUGGUAAGGCUAGGUGGGCUAAGGAUGCAAUGGAAUUAUGGGAACGGAUGAGGUCAAAUGAUUGGCCAAUGGACUUCAUUUUGUUUAAUACAUUGCUAAGCAUGUGUGCAGAUCUUGGUAUGGAGGAGGAGGCUGAGAGAUUGUUUGAGGAUAUGAAGCGAUCAGAGCACUGUAGGCCAGAUAGUUGGAGCUACACAGCAAUGUUAAACAUAUAUGGCAGCGGAGGGAAUGCCAGUAAGGCAAUGGAUCUAUUUGAAGAGAUGUCUAAGUUGGGUGUUGAUAUUAAUGUGAUGGGAUGCACUUGUUUGAUUCAGUGCUUAGGAAAAUCUAGGAGAAUUGAUGAUCUGGUUAGGGUUUUUAAUGUUUCAAUUGAGCGAGGGGUUAAUCCAGAUGAUAGACUUUGUGGUUGCUUGCUCUCUGUUGUGUCACUUUGUGAGGAGAGUGAGGAUGCAAACAGAGUACUUGCUUGUUUACAGCAAGCUAAUCCAAGGUUGGUUGCAUUGGUGAGGUUGAUUGAAGAAGAAAAGACUAGCUAUGAGACUGUUAAGGAGGAGUUUAGGGUUAUUGUCGGUGACACUGCAGUUGAGGCACGAAGACCCUUUUGUAACUGCUUGAUUGAUAUAUGUCGUAGUAGAAAUCUUCAUGGUAGAGCACAUGAGCUGCUCUAUCUGGGAACUCUUUAUGGAUUAUAUCCAGAUUUACAUCAUAAAACUGCAGAUGAGUGGAGUUUGGAUGUUCGCUCACUGUCUGUGGGUGCAGCUCAUACUGCACUUGAGGAAUGGAUGGGAACUUUAACCAAAUUUGUUCAGCGCAACGAGGCAUUGCCAGAAAUGUUUUCAGCUCACACUGGUACAGGAACUCACAGGUUCUCUCAAGGGCUAGCCAAUGCAUUCGCUGCACAUGUUGAAAAACUUUCUGCACCAUUUAGACAGUGUGAAGAAAGAGCUGGUUGUUUUGUGGCAACACGGGAUGAUUUAGUAACUUGGGUGCGAUCAAGGAGUCCAUCUCCCAUUAUAGCCUAAGAGAUGAACCAAAUUGUAACAGCAGAUGCUUAAGAUUUGGAAUUUGAAGUUCAUAGUUUUAGGAUCACGAGCAAUGAAAAACUGCAGAUUUAUUUUGAUUUUUGCAGUCUAUCAAUCUUGUUUCUGGGCUGCUGACUGUUAGCUUUUGUAGAGCAUAUUAUAUUGAGUAGUUCCAUCAUUCAUAUUCUUAA